UAUCCUGGCUCAAGGUUCACAAUCCAGCAGUUGUCACAGAGAACGCAGAAUGACGGACAAAGAAGAUUUACAGUUGACAACCAUCUCGUGUGGGAAAGAACAAGGGAUGGACAAUCCAGCAUUUGUUAAGGAUGAUAUAUUAACAGAUGACCCUAGUGACAGUGACAUAGAGGAGUCAGAGGAAGAGUCAAAUUCAUGCAUAAGGAAAGCAUGCAUACCCAUCACGGCCACAGAGACCUUCUGCAAGACACACUCCAAAAUAAUCAAAUACAUUGCUUUGGGAAUACUUGCUGCAGGUUAUUUAGCAUACUUCAUUGCUGCAGUUUAUCUGGACUUCCAGAGGGCGAUUGCUUUGGUUGUCCUCACGUGUCUGGGAGUGAUUAUUGUUGUGUGUGAACUGGUGAAUAAGUACAAGGGUGACAGCAUAAGGAGAUUUUUCAAGCCUGCACAAAGGUGUUUCAGAUCCAAUAUCAGAUGGCUAAAAUGGGUGUUUAUAGUAAUUGUGGUGGGACUGUUGGUGGCGUGGCUGGCAAUCGACACACGAAAGCGUCCAGAGCAGCUUAUUUCUUUUGCCGGUGUCUGUCUAUUCAUUAUUGCCAUCUUUCUCUUCUCUGCACACAGAACUGCAGUGAGCUGGAGGACAGUCUUCUGGGGACUCGGUUUACAGUUUGCCAUUGGCCUGUUUGUCAUUAGGACAGAGCCUGGUCUUAUAGCAUUCGAAUGGCUUGGAAAGCAAGUUCAGAUAUUCCUGGACUACACAAAAGCUGGUUCACAGUUUGUGUUUGGAAACCUCAUUGAGAACAUAUUUGCUUUCCAGGCUCUGCCUAUAGUGGUGUUCUUCAGCAGUGUGAUGUCAGUGCUGUAUUACCUGGGUGUCAUGCAGUGGGUCAUCACAAAGAUUUCCUGGGUAAUGCAGGUAACGAUGGGAACCUCCUCUACAGAGACACUAAGUGUGGCAGGGAACAUAUUUGUUGGUCAGACAGAGGCGCCGCUCCUGAUUCGUCCUUAUUUGAAGGAUAUGACCAAUUCUGAGAUUCAUGCUGUCAUGACUGGAGGAUUUGCCACCAUUGCUGGGAGUGUUAUGGGUGCAUUCAUCUCGUUUGGGAUUAAUGCCUCAUCUCUGAUUUCUGCAUCAGUGAUGGCUGCUCCAUGUGCUUUAGCCAUCUCCAAACUGUCCUACCCUGAAACUGAAAAGAGCAAGUUCACAUCUAAGAGUCAGAUUAAAGUUGACAGUGGUGGUGAACAGAAUGUCUUGGAAGCUGUCAGCGGUGGUGCAUCUGCAUCAAUAGGACUUGUGGCCAACAUUGCUGCUAAUUUAAUUGCUUUCCUCGCCAUUUUGGACUUCAUAAACGCUACUCUCAGAUGGAUGGGAGGCAUGGUGGGAUACCCAGAUGUCACUUUUGAGAUGAUCUGCUCCUAUGUGUUUAUGCCGGUGGCCUUCAUGAUGGGAAUUCCAUACGAGGAGUCCUUUACAGUGGCUGAACUUAUUGGCACUAAACUCUUCCUCAAUGAGUUUAUAGCCUAUGAGAAGCUGUCAGUGCUCAAAAACAACAGACUUAAUGGCACUUUAGAACAUGGUGGCGAUAUAAAAUGGCUCUCAGUUCGAUCAGAAAUCAUCUGCACCUAUGCACUGUGCGGCUUUGCUAAUUUCAGCUCUCUUGGUAUUGUGAUUGGAGGCCUGUCCUCUAUUUGUCCACAAAAGAAGAGCGUCAUUUCUUCUUUAGUGCUCAGAGCCUUGUUCACAGGCACAUGUGUUUCCCUGAUAAAUGCCUGUGUUGCUGGUCUACUUUUCGUCCCUCCGUUGGACUGUGUGGACGUGUUUCAAAAUGCAGUCUUCAAUACAUCUACUCUCAACAUUGAAGAUUGCUGUAAUGAUCUUUUUCAAAGCACUAUCAACAAUGGAACAAUUUCUUUCGAGGGGUCAUGGAGUGGAGUGAAAAAUGCAACAAUUUAUUUUGCAAACUGUUGUGGCCUCUUUCACGAAUCUGUUUGCAUGUAGUUUGGCCAAUAGGUAACGAUACAACAAUGCAGAAAACACCUCUGAACUAAACAUAAUGGCAUUAUUUAUU